UUAGGGCUUCUCGCCAUCUCUCUCACUAUUUCUCCCGAUUAGGUAUUCCCGGCUCCAUUUUCAAAGCAUCUGAAAAAGAUCGACCAUGUAAAUGUGUUCACAUCACACCAGCAAGGGAGGCCCAAAUUUGAAGUUUGAAUUCGCGAAGAAGAAUGGAGGUGGCCCAAAUUGUGGUAUCUCGAUCCAGUCCGGCCUGUUAACGCUUUCGGUUUCCGCCUCUCUUUUUGUUCUUCGUCUCCCUUGUAAAGCUUUGCAUAUCCCCACUUACCAGCAAGUGCAGCGCCGCUUCUUCCGGCCGCCGUCUCAGCUGUUACUCCGGCCGCACACUGCACUCUCAUCUUUGGACGAAAUAUCCGCCGCCCUCCCUCUCACAAUCUCUCGCCCUUCGAGCUAUCAGAGUUGCUUCUCUUUUUUCUUCUUUUUCUCGGAAACACAGUGGUUCGGAACCUUGCUAUUGUUGACAUUGCGCCGCCGACGUUCAUCUUUCAGAUCCUCAAGAUGACUAGGUAGCUGUCUGAUUGUUGCAAAACCACUGCACCGAUUGUUUUAGCGGUACCCCAUUAAUAUGGCAAUCUCAGUUUCGAGAAGGCUGUUGCACUCUAUGGGGUCCUUAUCAACAAUCUCAGUUUCGAGAAGGCUGUUGCGUUCUAUGGGGUCCUUAUCAACAUUUGGGCAAUGUAAUUCUUCAUGUACUAUGAGUCAGUCAUUUUCUAAUCCCCAUGAAAUUUCUGGCUGUGUUAGUGGGAGUAGCUCUACGUUUGCAAGCUGUUCUACUCUUUUGAAGGCUGGAGCCUUUCUUGCUUCCCGAGGGUUUUGCAGCUCAAUUUUGACUCCUGAAUCAAGCAAUAAUGCAUUUCCUUCUGAGUUACUGUCUGCUAAGCCGGUGGCAUCAGAAGAGCGCAAGAUAGGACUUUAUCAGGACCUGAUGAUUCCUGUGACAAACUUUCAAAAUGAAGACAAAGGCUUCAUGCUCUUGGCUGGAGAUGUUUUUGACGUACCAAUCAGGAAGGACAUCAUUCAUCGGGUUGUUAGAUGGCAGCUUGCAAAGAGGCAGCAGGGAACACAUUCGACAAAAACAAUUAGUGAGGUUAGUGGAACAGGGAGAAAGCCAUGGAAACAAAAAGGUACUGGCAGAGCAAGGCAUGGAACACUGCGUGGUCCCCAGUUCAGAGGUGGUGCAACUAUGCAUGGCCCCAAACCACGAAGUCAUGCCUUUAAGCUUAAUAAGAAAGUUCGUCGCUUGGGUUUGAUGAUCGCUCUUUCAGCUCGUGUUGCAGAAGGAAAGCUUUUGGUAUUUGAUAAUUUGGAUGUCACUACACAUAAGACAAAGAACAUCGUGAAAUAUGUCAAUACAAUGGAGAAUACUAAAAAAGUACUACUGGUUGAUGGUGGCCCCAUAAAUGAAAAGCUGAAGUUGGCCACGCAAAACCUUCAUUAUGUCAACGUUUUGCCAUCUAUUGGUUUGAACGUUUACAGCAUUCUUCUACACGAUACUCUUGUGAUGUCUCGUGAUGCUGUAGAAAGAAUUGUUACUCGGAUGCACACUCCAAUCAACCGCUGAAGCCGCAGUGCAUUUCUCCUGAAUUAUAUGUUCAACUUCAGUUUUAGCUCAGAUCAGCAAUAACCUUUAUUGAUGUUUCCCCCCUUUUGUUGCAGGAAGGGGUGAAAACCUGUUUAUUGUUUCCGUUAAAAUAUUGAUCACCCUGGAGUUUGAAAUUUCACUUGUACUGAUCGAAGACAUCAGAUAGUAAGUUUUGAAGCUGUAGUUUGUGGUGUUUGAAAAUAACAAAAAGAACCAUUCUUACUGCCA